UCACUUCCGUUAUGUUGGACGCUGAGGGGAAUAGAAGCUGAGAGGCGGGUGUGGCAUAUAGAGUAACAGCUAGGCCCUGGUCCGGGAGUGACUAAGGUUAAGUCGAUGCGACUUGACAGACUGAGGGGUCGUGCCUAAGGUUCGGAGAUUGGAUCUGCGCGGAGGAGUUUCUAUCCAUAGAUAUUCCAAAUGGAUCCUGGUGGUCAGGACCUGCUAGCUUUGGAUCCUGGUGAUCAGGACCUGCUAGCUUUGGAUCCUGGUGAUCAGGACCUGCUGGGCUUCCUGCUAGAGGAAAGUGGAGAUUUGUGGGCUGCGACUGAGCAGGACAUAGAGACUCCCCUGGACUUGGAGCUGUCGCCUUCCGAGAACUCCGUGCAAGAAUUGAGCGACUGGGAGGUAGAGGAUUUACUGAGCUCUCUGCUCAGUCCCUCGUCAUCGCCGGAUGUUCUCAACUCUUCUAGUUCUUCUAUUCUCCAUGAUCACAACUAUUCCCUUCCACAGGAGCACGUCUCCAUAGAUCUAGAUCCUGGGAGCUUUGAAAAGGAGGGGUUCCGCAUGAAUCCAUUGCGUGUGGAGGAGACAGCAGCAGAGCAGGAACUUUCUACACUGAUACUGACGGAGGAAGAGAAAAGGCUUUUGGAGAAGGAGGGGCUCACUCUGCCCUCAACACUUCCUCUCACUAAGGUGGAGGAACAAGUUCUAAAACGAGUACGGAGGAAGAUUCGUAACAAGAGAGCAGCUCAAGAAAGCCGCAAGAAGAAGAAGGUGUAUGUAGUGGGGCUAGAGAGCAGGGUCUUGAAAUACACAGCCCAGAAUCAGGAGCUUCAGAACAAGGUGCAGCAUCUGGAGGAACAGAAUCUGUCCCUUCUAGAUCAGCUGAGAAAACUUCAGGCCAUGGUGACUGAGAUAGCAAACAAAACCAGCAGUGGCAGCACUUGCGUUCUGGUCCUCCUGCUGUCCUUCUGCCUUCUUCUGGUACCUGCUAUGUACUCCUCUGAUGCGAGGGGGAGUGUGCCCGCUGAGUAUGUUGUGUUGCACCGCAAGCUUCGUGCCCUGCCCAGCGAGGACCAGCAUCAGCCGAAGCUGUCUGCCCUACAGCCAGAGCUACCAAUGGGCAGCACAAACCAGUUGGAGAGCUCAGAACAUACAUUCCUGGCCCCCAGCAAUGUUUCCUGCCUGAACCACAUGGCUCAAGCAGAGCAGCCCCCACACUGGCUACUCCUUGAUCUUUCUUCAGAGAUGCCCUUCUCAGGCUCCGACCUUCUCCUGCAGGCAAAUCUUACAGAAAGUGGAGGAUGGCUCCCUACCCACAGCCCUUCUUCGAUCAUCUUACAGGGCAGGUAUUCAGGUUAGGUGUGAGGAUAUGGGGUGUCCUCAGCCCAAGGACUCCUGUCGGUAUUCACAUAAAAAGGAGUAGGGGAGAGCCAGCCUUUGCUCACGGGCCUGUUAGGAUGCCCAGGAACUCACCACACUAACUAGUUGUAUGAGCAUUUUAUUUAUACCCAUGUGUAUCUGUUGUCCCAUGAAUAGAUUUGGAGAAAUUUA